GUCCCUUGGUACCCACCACCUGGUUGAAACACACUUGUCGCCCUCAUUGGAACUCCGGUGCUGUGGACCGCAUCUGAAGCGAAUGCACUGUGCGCAGCAAUACGAGCCGUUUUUGUGUCACCGAUCAGCAGUUCGCCGCAGCAUUGUCGGCGUUGCGCGCGAUGGCUGAGCCCCGCCCCAGGCAGCGCAAGUUUGCUCCCCGAUCGCGACAAGGCUGCUUGACAUGCCGUGUUCGGAGAAAGCGUUGCGAUGGCCAACGCCCAGAUUGCCAGAAUUGCACGCGUCUCAACGUGAAGUGUGAAUGGCAAACACAGCGUCAAAUCGUUACCGAAACAUCCACGCGAUCUGCGACUCCUGCCUCAGAAUCUGCGAUGUGCACUCUGAGGAGAUCCGUCGAUCCGUGGUCAGCAUUUACCGGAGACGAGGGUAACGAAAAAAGACACUUACUAAGCUACUACAUCGAUGCAUAUGUUCCGAGUAUAUCUGUAGCGACCACUCCGUCAAGCUUCUACACAAGACUGUACAUCCCGAUGGCCCUAGAGUCUGAAGGGGUGUUGGACGCCGUCAUAGCUCUGUCCUCUGCUCAGCUGGCCAGGCGGACUGCUAACCCCGAUAGAGCCCAACACCUUCGAAACCUAUCAUCCCAACACCAGGUCAAAUGUCAUGCCUUCCUCAGGGGGCGGAUCUCACCGAUUGGUCAGCCGGUAAUGGACGUCUAUCAAGUCAUCGCCGUUACUCUUCUCCUCGUUGGCCUUGAAGCACUGAAUGGCACCAAAAGUACUCGGUGGCUUGCUCAGCUACAGAGCGUCCGAAGAAUCCUCAACUCCAUGUACUCAGAAAACGAUUUCCUGAACUCUUGGGAAAUUGAGUCCCUUCGGAGACACUUCACAUACCAUGAUGUUAUGGCAUCGGUGAUGACUAGUGUGUCAAGGACCAAUCCACUUUCUCUCAACGAAAGAGAUCCUUGGCAUUUCCAGAUCCCGCCAACGGCAAUGCUUACCACUGUCGACCCGCUCAUGGGAAUAUCAUACUAUCUUUAUUCCUUGAUAUGCCGCAUUCAGUAUGUGACGACCCCAACGCCUGCUUUCCCGCAAAUCUCCGAGGCGGCAUUUGCUGCGACUGAACGCGAAAUUCAAGAGUGGAAAUAUGAGAGCCCAUUUUCUUUUGAGAACAUCGACAUGCCCAUUGCGCUCGACCUCAUCGCACUCGCUGAAUCUUGUCGCAUCGCUGCGCUCAUUCAACUCUACCGGAGUUCGGAAGCGCACAGAUUGCUUGUCCCAGGAUUAGCUUCCCGGGCGUGGCAGUUCAUAUCUAGGAUACCGCCAGGAAGCCCGGCCGACUCAAGCCUGCUUUAUCCCAUAUUCCUUGCUGGUUCAGAACUAGAGUCUGAGGAAGAGAUUACGAAAUGCUCCCAACGACUGAAAGCGAUCCAGGAGCGAAAUCGGUACGAAAACGUCGGCGAUGUACAGACAGUUCUUCGGGAGGUAUGGAGGCCUGUUCUGAACGGAGAGAAGAGAAGAGACUGGGAAGACGUGCUCAAAGAAUGGGGGUGGUUCAUUAGCCUCUCAUGAAUUCAAACUCUCCCGUCAGAUGGAAUCAAUUGUGAUACAUAUGGGCUGAAACAAAGGACAGGCUUUAGAAGAUGACAG